CCCCUUUACUGAAUGUGUUUCAUCUGAUCGGUUUUCAGUACCAUUCAGUACACUUUUCUUCGUGGUAACCUGAAGUUUGUCGAGGAAGGAAUAUUUAAAUAUUUAACCUUCGGACUGUGUUAGUUUUCUGUUCCAAUCUCUUAUGUUAGAAGGGUCGGUGCUGACUGCUGACCCAUGUCUUAAAUCAGUCAUGAAAUGCCCUCAAAACAAUUAUCAUCCAAUUUGUUUCUUAGCUCUUGGUUACCUUACUCUUGGUUAGGCUUCCUUAUCCAUGAAAAGAUUGGUUUUAAUAUUUUUGGUGUGACUUUCUGGACGUUUCUUUUGACAACAUACCUCUCGUUUUCAAUUAAAAAAAAUAAUGGUAAAAUAAACCUCAAGAGAAUUAUAUAAAUAAACUGAAUUGGUCUUAUCUUGCCUUACAUUUAUGGGCAUGCCUUGCCUUGAUUUUGAUUGUUUAAAUAGAUGUUCCUGGCAAAGUCAAAAAGCCUUGAUGCAGUACACAAAUUUAGGUGGUGCGUUAUGCAUUUUAAACUUAAAAACGGGUUGGUGCCGUCCCAAACACCACAGGAAGGUUAACAAAAAAUAAAUCAUCUGCAAAAAUCCCUCCUACCAGGCGGUCACAUGAUGGUCCGUUAAAUAAAGAACUGCUUCAGCUGCAUGAAGACAUCCACAAAGCAUCACGCGGAUUUCAUCUCUGAUCUUCUAUAUUCGUAUGUGAUUUUUCUAAGAAAGACAAGGAGGAUCUUCAAAAUGCUAAAACUCCUUCUGUUCUUAACUGCAAACGUGGAAGUAAUUUUCGGUGCUAAGAUGAGUUUGCUGACACUCACGAGACCAGGUUUUCUCAUGCAUUCAGCUGAAGUUUCAGGUCUAUCUUCCACCUGCCUAAAUGGAGGCACUUCCAUCAGCAUACCCUACCUUUUUAGCAAAAGGCGUACGAUUUGUAUCUGCCCCAGAGGAUACAGUGGCCGCAACUGUGAAAUAGAGGAGUCAGCUAACUGCUUCAUUGGCAAUGGGCAUCAGUACAGAGGACGGGUAGCCAUCUCAGGAAGUGGACAGAAAUGUCUUGGUUGGAACUACGAGUACAAUCAACAAAUCUUAGGAGUGGAUGCACUGAUUCUAGGUCUUUGGAGCCACAACUAUUGCAGAAAUCCAGACCACAGGGAAAGACCCUGGUGCCAUGUGAAGCAGGGACACCAGAUUGUACAGGAGUUCUGUGACAUCCCACACUGUGGGACACCAGCAGAUGCACCAGCAUGUGGACAGAGGCCCCAGAGUCUGAUGAAGAUUGUCGGGGGAACGGUCACCACGGCGCAAUCGCAGCCGUGGAUCGCGUCGAUCUUCUGGAGACGUCAGGCUAAAAAGCACGUAUUCCUGUGCGGGGGCAACCUGAUCUCACGUUGCUGGGUUCUUACAGCAGCCCACUGCUUUUCUGACAGGCCCUUGAACACUCGCCACCUGUCUGUCUUUCUUGGAAAAGAUGCUCUCAAUGAGACAAGCUUGGGAAAAGAGCAGAAAUUCAACGUCGAGCAAAUCAUUAUUCACCCAGGAUUUGACAAUAGUGAUGGGAGUUAUGACAAUGACAUAGCACUGCUGAAGAUCACCACAAACAGCAGAACAUGUGCGAAGGAGACAGACUCUGUUAGGACCGUCUGUCUGCCCCCUGCCCAUUUGAUGUUGCGUCCUGGGGACUCUUGCUAUAUUGCUGGCUAUGGGAAGGAGCGGGAAGGAUUAUGGCACAACUCACAAUACCUAAGAGAGGCAAAAGUGAACAUUUUGCCUCAAGAGGUCUGCACAAGUAGGAAUUACUAUGGAAACCUGGUGACGAAAAACAUGUUUUGUGCUGGCAGCCCUGACUGGAAGGUAGACUCGUGCAAGGGAGACUCGGGGGGGCCUCUGGUGUGCGACAGAGAUGGUCGUUUGUACCUUUUUGGUAUAGUCAGCUGGGGCGAGGGGUGCUCCAGAGAAUUCCGACCAGGCGUCUACACCAGAGUGCCGAAUUACAACAAGUGGAUCACAGAGAAUGUAGGUCUGCCCUAAGGGUCUGGCUCGUCCUGUGGGAAAGGUCACAGGCAACUGUGUGAAUGCAUAAGAAAGAGCAAGGCGCUGUUCCUUAGCCAUGACAACAACAUCUCUUCACAUUCCGGGGUACAGUUACCCGGGGAGGUUCUUUUUUUUAUAUGCUCUCGUCAAAUUCUUUUUUUUUCCAAAUAUAAAGGUUUAUAAAGUAUUUAAUCGUCAAUUUGGCUUUAACCAACACCCACUUUAUACUUCUCAGAAUUUUCAACUGGACGUUGUUAAAGCUUUUAUUUUACUUGUAAACUCUCAAUGUCUCCACUAAAGUCAUUUGAUGGGUUUUCAGGAAUAAAAAAAAAAAGAAUAAAAUCCAAGUAAAAGAACAUCUAGUGCUUGAAAUGGAAACGCUAGAAACAAAACAGAAAAUACAAAAACAGUAAGAAUGUCAUUGAAUGCAUGCAUGUCUUUGUCUUGGCCUGUACAUUUCACCAGGCUGUCAGAGCAGAUGUUGUUACAUUUAUUACAUUUAGCUGUACUAGUUACAUCUGGUUAUAUUUGUAGAACGGUUCAUUUUUUUAAUAACCAAUAUUUCCAAUUUGCCAUAUUCAUAUUUGUUAAGGCAAAAAGUUUUUUUUGUUAUCAGGUUAAAAUAAAGCAUAUAUUUCUGAUUUGUUUUGAAACAGGAUUAUUGCUUGAUUAUGUUUAAAUAUGGUUAAUAUGUCAAUAAGUUUAUCUUCACAGUAAUAAACUUUUGAAUCUAUUGAAAGAGUACAUACGUUUACUAUAGGUGUUUAGUUUUUUUCCUUCUUCUUUGCAGUACAUAUAUUGCAAAAUAUAACGGCAAAAAAGAAGUGCAUUAUGCCACUGAAAAGAAACUCAAACUUUAACUGUUGACUGUAGAACAAACUCGUUUUAAAUUAAUCGUUCCACACGAGGGCGCAAUAGGGUCAUGAUAAAUGGUAACAAUUAUAAACGUAUUUGUUUUGUGUACGCAUAAUCUCCUUAUUUACAGGCCAUACUGAGAUCAUUUAAACACACGUUUGUUUUUAAUACAUUUUCCUCUAUAAAACUAUAAAAAUAUAAUAUGUAUUCGUAUAGAGCAGUAUUUUAAAGACCAGUGCAGGGUGUAUUUAAACAUGUUGUGUGCAGAAACAUCUGUAGAACUUUCACCAAUGUUUAAUAGGCUCUAUUACCCCUGCUUGUACCGAAUUACUGUUUUGCUGGCAAGAUUAGAUUUCUGAAUCUCAUUAUGGAAGAAUGACAGAUCCUCUGAGCCAGAUGUCCCUUGAUCCUCCCACUCUGGCCAGAACAAUACAUAUUCUAAUCUUCACAGGAAAAGAUGGGGGGGGGGGAACUAGCUACCAAACAACAUAAACCCUUUAAUGUCUGGCAGGUGGGAGAUUUCACUUUAAACAUUCAUUGCACACCAGUGCAAUUGGUUCCGGUAUGUUUGCCGUCGCAAUUAAUGUAUGUCACAGUGCUCUCCUCUUCCUCCUCUCCCUGUUUCAUUGAAUUGGUUAAAUGCA